CAGCUCUACGACGAGGUCGAUGCACGACCGGAUCCUUCCCCCGAUCAGGCGCAACUCAUGAAGGAACGAGUACUGGGGACAGACCUUGAGAAAGUCAAGCCCCCUAAAGCGCGCUUGAAGAACCGGGUGCGCGCGUGGAUGGUGAAGGCGGACGUGCUUGAGGCGAACCCCAAUUGGAUGGAGUCGGGGCGAGUGGCUAGAAAUGGGACGCUGUGGGGGGAGGAGGAGGAUCCAGUCGAAGAACCGGUAAAGCGGAAGAAAGCAAAGCAGGGG